AAAGAUAAGAUGGUUUGUUUCACCUCAUAAACACAUGACAGAUCCAUGUGUUUUAUGCAAUAUUUAAAAACAUGCAUACUUAUGUAUUAUAGUGGACGUGAUGGAAUAUGUCGAGGGGAGUGUGUGUGUUUCAGUGUGUGUCUGUGUUUGCUUUGACCCAUUCUUAAAUUCACCAAAAGACCCACUGCAGGUUUAGGACAAACACACGGGGAGGUGUGUGUGUGUGUGUGUUUGUGUGUGUGUGUGUGUGUGUGUGUGUGUGUGUGUGUGUGUGUGUGUGUGUGUGUGUGUGUGUGUGUGUGUGUGUGUGUGUGUGUGUGUGUGCAGAAAAACAAACGUACGGGAGCAGAACCUCCCACCUUGAAAACACUAUAAAGCUUCACGCCAAGCGGCCUCAGCGCCGAUUGAACCUUCAGGCAUGGACCCAGACGACAGCGACUACUUCGUACAGAGGGAGAUUCUGGACGCCGAGCGUCUGGAUGAGGUGGCGCAAAAAGGGACGCGGUCGUCGAAGCCGACGGCGGCUGAGCGGCUGAAGGACUCCUUCAGGUGCUCGGCCUCCAGGCUCGGGCUCGCGGUGCUGGCCCGGGUUCCCGUGCUGGGCUGGCUGCCCCGCUACGCCGUCAGGGAGAACCUGCUGGGCGACGUGAUCUCUGGCUGCAGCGUGGCCGUCAUGCACCUGCCGCAAGGACUGGCCUACGCCUCGCUGGCCGGCCUGCGGCCCGUCUUCGGCCUCUACACCUCUUUCUACCCGGUGCUGGUCUACUUCCUCUUCGGCACCUCCAGGCACAUCUCCAUAGGUACGUUUGCCGUGACCAGCAUCAUGGUCGGGAGCGUGGUCCAACGGCUGGCGCCGGACGCAGGCCCCGCGGCCAACGGCACCAACCAGACGGCGGGCGACGCCGAUGCGCUGGACGCCGACAGGGUGCGGGUGGCGGCCUCCUUCGCCGUGCUGACCGGACUGGUCCAGAUCCUGCUGGGCGCGGUCCGGUUCGGCUUCAUGGUGACCUACCUGUCCGGCCCGAUGAUCCGCGCCUACACCACGGGCUCGGCCGUCCUGGUGUGCGUGUCCCAGCUGAAGGACAUCUUCGGAGUGAGGCCGUCCCGCUUCACCGGGCCUCUCAGCGCCGUUUAUACGCUCAUCGACAUCUGUCGGCUCCUGCCUGAGACCAACCUGGCGCAGCUGCUCGUCAGCGCCGUGGCGCUCGUCGCUCUGGUCGUGAUCAAGGAAAUCAACGCGUGCUACAGGACGAAGCUGCCGCUGCCCGUCCCCGUGGAACUGCUGCUGAUCAUAGCAGCAACACUUGCCGCCCACUUUGGCAGCCUCAACGUUAAUUAUGGUGUCAGUGUGGUGGGGGAGAUUCCCAGCGGGCUCAGGGCGCCUCUGGCUCCAGACGCCACCCUGUUCACCCAGAUGAUGGGUGACGCGCUGGCUGUGGCCGUGGUGAGCUACACCAUCACCAUCUCCUUGGCCAAGACGUUCGCCCUGAAGCACAGCUACAAGGUGGACAGCAACCAGGAGCUGGUGGCUCUGGGCCUCAGCAACGCCGUCGGAGGCUGCUUCCUGUGUUAUCCGGUAACAGCCUCCAUGUCUCGCACCCUCGUCCAGGAGACCACAGGAGCCAGGACGCAGGUGGCUGGAAUUUUCUCAUCCGUCAUUUUGCUGGUGGCAAUUUUGGAACUCGGUCCUCUCUUCGAAAACCUGCCAAAGGCCAUCUUAGCCGCCAUCGUCAUCGUGAACCUGAAAGGGAUGUUCAUGCAGGCGGUCGACGUCCGGAUGCUGUGGAGGACCAACAAGGCCGAUCUGCUGGUGUGGCUGGUGACCUUCACAAGCACCGUUCUGCUCAACCUGGACCUGGGUCUGGCCGUCUCUGUGGGCUUUGCCAUGUUUACGCUCAUUCUGAGAAUGCAACGCCCACAGUACUCCAUCCUGGGCCACGUGUCAGGCACUGACCUGUACCUGGACACAGACACAUACAAAGAGGCUAAAGAGAUCACUGGAAUUAAAAUCUUCCGUUCAUCCACGACCAUCAACUACACCAACGCUGAGAUGUUCGUGGACGCGCUGCAGGACAAGAGCGGGAUCGACUUUGGAAAGUUGCUGCUCGCGAAGAGGAAACAAGAAGCAGCUCUGAAAAGUGAACAAGAGAAAGAAAAAAAGACACAGAAAACAGGAGUUGAACUCUUAUCCAGUGGCACAUUUACUUUCAAAGAGUUCAACAGGGAGGAACUUUCUGAAAGGCCGAGGAGCCAAAGUAAGAGCCAUGUUUCAGACCGUAGCCUGGCAGAGAGCUCUGGGUUCACCAGCGCAACCCUCUUUAACGCAGAUGCAGACACGGGUCGCCACGGUGAUUACACCAUCAAUCAGACCUCGUCCCAUUGUGACGAAGAGGCUGUCAGAUCGGACACACACAGCAUCGUCCUGGACCUGUCGGCCACCAGCUUUGUGGACACGGUUUCUGUGAACACCUUGAAAAAUAUCUUCAGCAACCUUGGGCAGAUACAGUUAAACGUCUAUUUAGCAGGUUGUCAAGGUAAGUCGGACGCUGCGCGACAAAGCCCAGGCAGAGCCAGGUUUUCCAGAACUCGGGCCCUGAAGCGGUGCCUCGGGCUCAGCAGUGUCCUGUCAGUCGAGCCUCAGCGUCUCACACAUAAUGACAAGAUGAUUUCCCCUCCUCACGCGUCCUUCCGUCAGCGUGCGUCGUGGAGCAGCUGGAGGCUGCUGGUUUCUUCUCCGAGUCCAUCACAAAGAGCAGGCUGUUCGUCUCGCUUCACGACGCCGUGCUUUCUAUUCUGAAGAAACGGGGCCAAACGCGGCUCAUUCUUGAUGGUUCCACAAGCACCAAGAUGUGACCAGCAGAGGUCAGACUGUUUCAACUCACUAUCGUGCUCCUGCUCCUCCCUUUUGCUCCAGUCAGGGAGGACAAUGUAUGAGAAGUCCCUGCAAAUGUGUAGUCAGUGUUUUAUUAAGACAAAUAAAUUUACAAAUGUGUAAAAACAACA